GGACCGGGAGCGCCGCGGGAAGCACGGGCCGUGGAGAGGGCGCUGCGCUCGGGCUACCCAAUGCGUGGACUAUCUGCAGCCGCUGCUCGUGCAAUAUGCUGGAGCUCCAGAACAGCUAAACGGAGUCGCCACACCGCUGCCUGGGCUGGAUCACAGCGCUGCCUUUCCUUAUGAAGAAGACACAAACUUGGAUUAUCACUUGCAUUUAUCUUCAACUGCUCCUCUUUAAUCCUCUCGUCAGAACUACAGGGAUCUGCACGAACCGUGUCACUGAUGAUGUGAAAGACGUUACAAAAUUGGUGGCAAAUCUUCCAAAAGACUAUAAGAUAGGCCUCAAGUAUGUCCCCGGAAUGGACGUUUUGCCAAGUCAUUGCUGGAUAAGUGAAAUGGUGGAGCAAUUGUCAGUCAGCUUGACUGAUCUUCUGGACAAGUUUUCAAAUAUUUCUGAAGGCUUGAGUAAUUAUUCUAUCAUAGACAAACUUGUGAAAAUAGUAGAUGAUCUUGUGGAGUGCAUGGAAGGACACACAUUGGAGAAUGUAAAAAAGUCAUCUAACAGCCUAGAACCCAAGAUGUUUACUCCUGAAGAAUUCUUUAGAAUUUUUAAUAGAUCCAUCAAUGCCUUCAAGGACUUGGAGAUGGUGUCAUCUAAAACGAGCGAAUGUGUGUUUUCUUCAACAUUAAGUCCUGGCAAUGAUUCCAGAGUCAGUGUCACAAAACCAUUUAUGUUACCCCCUGUUGCAGCCAACUCCCUUAGGAAUGACAGCAGUAGCAGUAAUAGGAAGGCCUUGAAUUCCAUUGGCGACUCCAAGCUGCAGUGGGCAGCCAUGACAUUGCCAGCGUUCUUCUCUCUCUUAAUUGGCUUUGGUUUUGGAGCCUUAUACUGGAAGAAGAAACAACCAAAUCUUACAAGGGCAGUUGAAAAUAUACAGAUUAAUGAAGAGGAUAAUGAGAUAAGUAUGCUGCAAGAAAAAGAGAGAGAGUUUCAAGAAGUCUAAUUGUGGCUUGUAUCUACACUGUUACUUUCGUAUAUUGGUGGGUAACAGUUCAUGUUUGCUUCAUAAAUGAAGCCGCUUUAAACAAAUUCAUAUUCUGUCUGGAGUGACAGACCACGUCUUUUCCUGUUCUUGCUACCCAUGACUCUAUAUGGAUGAUUCAGAAAUUGGAACAAAGUGUUUUACUGUGAAACUGGCACUGAAUUAAUCAUCUAUAAAGAAGAACUUGCAUGGAGCAGGACUCUAUUUUAAGGACCUGGGGGACUUGUAGUGUCAUUUUAGAACCUGCAACUGAUGUUGGGAGAGAAAGCACGUGUCCCAGACUGCACGCCCAUUUUGCAUGCCUCCAGAAAUGUCUAAUUGCUGAAAAGCCACCUAGCUUUAUUUUUAGUUACAACCUGCAGUUUGUAGUUAUCUUGGUCCCUUCAAGUAGCGUUCAAGCUGGAUAGUUGCGGUAAUAAUUUUUCUCAAAGGGAUCUAGAAGAAUUUUUAAGGACAAAAACUCGAUAGCAUCAGCCACUGCACAUAUUCAAAGCAGUGGAGGAAAAAGUGGUUGGAGUAGGUAUCAUGUCAGCUUCUUAGCCGCUAAUGAUAUGGGUCUGAUCCCGGUCUCUUCCUGGUAUAAACCAUGCUCACCCACAUCGCACGAGACAAAGGGGCAUGGUUGGCUGGUACCGAAUUGGAACAGUGAUGCCUUCGCCGAGGGGAGACUCCCCCAAAGAGUCAUCGCGCGAAGAAGCUAUGAACACUGAACAGCAGGGCAGUCGCCAAGGAGGACAUUUGUCACCCCUGGUGAGGGCGGCCUUUUCCCUUGACCACUGUCGGGUGUAUAAAUCAUGCUUGCAAAAUAUAUUACAAAAUGUUUAUAUUCUAAAACUAUUACAGAGUUAGGAGAAAUUGCUGAAUGUAUGAAGGUCCUGUUUUCGAUUUCCGCCAUGGGAGAGAGUAAAAAUAAAUUAUGAUAUUUAGUAUCUAAGGUUAGAAAACCACAAUACCCACAUGCUGAUAUGGGUGUUGAAACUAGGUUACUUGGCUUUUAUAAGAAUGCAAGGAAUCAGGAAACUAUACUUAUUUAUAGUAUAAUCACCAUUAUCUGUUUUAAAGGAUCCAUUUAUUUAAAAUCAGGCACUCUAUAUCCAUUAAGGUUUAUGAAUUAAAUAAAAAGAGAGCUUUAUGUAGUUAUGCAUGUCAGUUUGCUAUUUAAAAUGUAUGACAGCAUUUGUCAUAUUAAAAGUGAAUUUGGCAGGAAUUCCCAAGAUGGACAUUGCGCUUUUAAACUAGAACUUGUGAGACAUCAUGUGAAUUUCCCUUGCCAAUUUUUUUUUAUGGUCAAAGAAACAUCUGACUAAAGUGAAAGAAUGAUUUCUGAUGACUUAUUUUGAAGGAGGUUCUCUUACUAUAUCAUGAACAUGCACAUAAAGGAAUCUAAAGCUUGCCAUUAUAACUUACUUCUUAUAACAACAUUAAUGCCAUGUACUCCCACCAUCAGAUGACCAUCUUCAAUGUAGUGAUACAAAAGGGCAUGAAAAACUGCUACUUUCCUUUGAUUUUUAAAGUCUAAGAAUUUCUAGUGUAGUUGGAUUUUAGCUUAUGUUCAAAGCUAAUCCAAAUACAACUUCAAUACGUGGCCUUUGAUCUUUUUUUGUACCAAAGAGCCCAAAUGAUUUAUAUGAUCCCUUCUUUAAAGUUCUGUGGGUCCUCAAACACUAGUCAUUUUUUCUAAAAUACAAGCCAGUGCUAUGGGAAGCUGCAUGACCUUAUUUAGGCCCUCAGAUAUCCCGUGGUAUAAUCAAUUAGUAAUAGAACCAGAGAUCAAUUUAAUUGCUGAAAGGACCUGUCUCAGGCAUGUGACAAUGAUUGUUUUGAGGAAAAUAGACAUAGGUGGAUAUGAGUUGUGUGAGUAGAUCAUAAGUAGAUGGAGAAAACUGAUAAGUAAUAGUUCGACUUGUUUCACCAAUGGUUUCGAUUUUCUUAGGCACGAGACACUGCUGUUUAAUGAGCUUGAGAGUACAAUAAGUGUACUUUUGUUCUCAGCCAGUAGCUGGAUUUUAACACUCAAGGACAGGGUCCUAAUCAAUAGAGUUAAAAAAACAAAUUCAGCAACUUAUGAAAUCUGGCAUAGUUGUGAGGGGAGCUAUAUUCUGCCUAAUUAAAUGUAUUGGUUCAUUGAGAGGUACAUGGAUUACCAAUUUUUAAAACACUGAAGUUUCAUAAAAUUUAUGAACAAUAGAAAAAUGCUGAACAUUAUUUUUAGAUGCUAGCUGCUUGGGCAUUAACUGUGUCAUAUCUGCUUUAAGGUAAGAAAAAAAUAUAUAUUAUCUAUAUUUUUGCUUUGUCUUAUCUGGUAUGUGUUUGAAUAUCCUUCUUCAUAAAUCAGUGGUUUCAAAAUUGCCUUUUAAAAUGAUCUCCGAAGUCUGCUGAUUCUAAAUUAUACCUAAAGCUUUGCACCAUUUUGGUAGAACCCAAGUUUAUAAAGAAUUGGCUUGCCCAGCCAGCGUGGCCCGGUGGUUGAGUGUUGACCUAUGAACCAGGAGGUCAUGGUUCAUUCUGGGUCAGGGCACAUCCCCGGUUGCAGGCUCCAUCCCCAGUGUGGGGUGUGCAGGAGGCAGCCAAUCAAUGAUUCUCUCUCAUCAUUGAUGUUUCUAUGUCUGUCUCCCUCUCCUUUCCUCUCUGAAAUCAAUAAAAAUAUAUUUUUUUUUUACAAAAAGAAAGAAACUGGCUCUGUGAUAAACUGUUCCUGCCCAGUGAUAUCAAAGUAUUCCUGGAUUUUGUAUUAUUAUCUAAGGUGCUCACCACACUGCCACUUUUUAAAGAGUCAGAGACAAAUUUGUUGUUUUAAAAUACAAUAGUAGAAUAAGCAGCCUACCCUCUUUAGAAAGGAUUAAGCAUGUGCAAAACGAAAAUGUCUGAAAAAGUAUGUGUCCAUAAUGAAGUGUUUGUUUUUAGUGACAAACACCUUUCGUUGAGCAUUAAGAUACUUUGGAGAAAUUUUGUGGCAUAUUUUGAAACUCUAGUUCAAUUAAAGUUAAAUUAACAACAAAAAAAAUUAUUCAGAAUUCAUGGAUAUUUCUUAAUGUUUUUCGGAAGCUAGGUUUUGGUUUCAACAUAUAAUUCCAAUAUAGGCUUUUAGCCAUCCCAUAUCUAUGCUUCUUUAACUAAAAAUUAUUUUUCCAAAAGGUAGCUUGGCAUAACAGGAUAAAUGUUGGGAAAAACUGUAAGAAAUCUCUGCUAUUAACUGAAACAGGUCAAUCACCUCCCUCAUUGGGUCUCAGUUUUGUAAUUAUCUAUAUGACAAACUCGGAGGGCUCACAUUAAGUAAGAAGCUUAUAGAUAUAUGACUGACAAUGAAGUUAAAAUAGAGCUGAAACUGUCCCAUGAAAAAUAUCCCACUCUGAUCUCCGUGAAUAAGCAAUUUGACCAUAAAAAGUCAUUGCUGUUCUUGUUUGUAAUGUAAAUAGGGUCCAUUAGUAAAAGUGAAAUUCAGUUUCAUGUACAAUGAAUUGGAUAACCAUUUACACAAAAGAUGGCAUUUGCUUUGCUUAAACGAAUGUUUUUGGAUCACUUCUGAAGAAUGAACAGCAUUACUGCAUUUUAUUCAGGAAGAGAUACUAUAAGAUGUGUGUAACAUUUGGAAAUGUACCAAAUUAGUCAUUUAAAUAUUCUCAUUUUCUUAAAAGCUAACAGCAGAAAACGUAAGAUGCUCAUAGUUUUUUGAAUGCCAAAAGGUAAUUUAGAAUCCAUUUGGAAAGAGGAAAUUCAUAAAUUUCAUUUUAAAUUGGAAAGUGGGAAAAUAAUUUUAAAAUAAGCUAGCUUGUCUUUGAAACAAUAUUAUUUUUAAAUUGGCAUUAAAAUAUAAACAUUCAGAUUGAAAUUCUAACUAGUUCAUAUAUAGUAUCAGCUCACACAAUGUGAGGUGUUGCUGCUUUCCAUGAACAAGCCUGGAAAUGCCCUUGUUUGUAAAGAUAAAGUAAUAGUACUUUCAUUUCCUAACAAGCUGUUGUUUUAGAAAUAAUCCAUAUUAAAAUGGUAUUCAUGAUCCUAAAAUGUUCGCUAAGCAUUAUAGACUGACAACUGCCGUCUCCAACUAUAUCCUUAUGAUUUUGUUUAAAUAAAAUUAAGAUAACUGUUUAAACUAAAAACCAUAGUAUUUUCAGUUACCUGAUUUCUGAGCUGUAAGACUCACUAAAUAACAUUUUCCAAUCAAAAUAUCUUAUUCUCCUGUGUUCUAAGGGUUAAUGUGUGAUUAUAGUGUCCCACUUGCCACAAUUUUUUAAAUCAGUAGACGUGAAAAGUAUUCAGACAUGUAGAUGGAUGCACAGAUAUAUUGCUAGUUCAGUCAGAUUGGAGUUUGCAUAUUGUAAUGUAAAUGUAUGUCAACACUAUUCUAAAUAGUUUUAUUAUGACUGAAGUUUAAUUAAAUAAAAAAGGUUGUAAAAUGUGAUGUGUAUGUGUAUAUACUGUAUGUGUACUUUUUAAAAUAGGUAUAUGUCCUGACCUUUUUUAUACAGGUUUGAAUUUGAAAUUACAUUAUAUAUACAUAUACUUUAUUGUUCUAAAUAAAGAAUUUUAUGCACUCU